AUGGCGGCUGGGCUACGCCGGCAAAGAUGAAGAUAUCCGGCAGAACUGAAAUUCCGGCUGUGCUCUCAAAAUCCAUAAACUCAAAGUCGCCUGAUUCAGACAUUCGAGACAGAAAGAGCGAUAAAAAGACUCAGGCUCAAAGGAGGAAGAUCAGGAACCCUGGUUUCUCUGCUUCUGGAGGAGUUCGAUUGAAGAAGGAUAUAGCUCCGGUUGGAAAGAGGAGCGGACCUGGAACUCCACUCUUGCGGUGGAAGUUUGACGAUGCAAAUUUAUUUGUUCAAAAUGAUAAGGCGCCGGAGCCUGCACGAAAAGAUAGCCGAAAAAUGAAGAAUGCCGAAGAGAUUCCGGUUUCGUCCAGGAAGCUUGGUGCCGCUUUGUGGCAGUUGCAGCUGCCGGCGGUUUCCGACGAUGCUGGCGACGGCCGAGGACAGCAGAGGAAAUCGUCUGAUAGACUCGGGCUUGAGCCUCAUGUUAGCUAUAAGGGAGUCCCGUUUCUCUGUAUUUUCAACUGUGGAGAAUAUGGUGCAGAAGCAAAAGAUUUGUUAGAGAGUCCACAUUCUUUCUCUGGCUCGAAGAAUGGAGUUUUGUAUAAGGUUGAUCCUUCUUUGCCGUUUGCCAAUUCAUCGAUAGAAGGGGCAACAAAAUGGGACCCCGGAUACUCAAAAAUAUCAGAUGAGGUUUACCAGUUUUAUGAUCGCAUGAAAUUUCUAGAAGACCAACCAGUUACUACUAUCUCAGUCGUUUCAGCUUUGCAAGUUGAACUUGAGCAGGCUCGAAACCGUAUUCAUGAACUUGAAAGUGAGUGCUGUUCCUCAAAGAAGAAACUUGAACACUUCUUGAGAAAACUUGCUGAAGAAAAGGCAUCAUGGCGAAGCAGAGAGCAUGAAAAGAUGCGUGCAAUAAUUGAUGAUUUCAAGGAUGACUUGAACAGGGAUAGGAAAAAUCGUCAGAGGCUGGAAAUUGUAAACUCAAAACUAGUCAAUGAACUAGCUGAAGCCAAGUUAUUAGCAAAGCGGUUUAUGCAAGAUUAUGAGAAGCAGAAAAAAGGUAGAGAGCUAAUGGAAGAAGUAUGCGACGAGCUUGCAAAGGAAAUUGGGGAAGACAAGGCUGAUGUUGAAUCACUGAGGAGGGAAACCAUGAAAUUCCGUGAAGAAGUGGAUGAAGAGAGAAAGAUGUUGCAAAUGGCCGAGGUCUGGCGUGAAGAAAGGGUUCAAAUGAAAUUGGUGGAUGCCAAAUUGACACUUGAAGAAAAGUACUCCCAGUUGAGCAAACUUAUUGCAGACCUGGAGGCUUUUCUAAGAUCAAAAAGUGCAACCCCAGAUGUGACAGGGUUGAGAGAGGCAGAGUUCCUUCGAGAGGCAGCCAUUUCGGUGAAGAUUCAAGAUAUCAAAGAAUUCUCUUACGAACCACCAAAUUCAGAGGACAUUUUCUCUGUCUUCGAGGAUCUCCAACCUGGUGAAGCUAAUGAAAGGGAGAUUGAACCUUGCGCUGGUUACAGCCCUGCUAGCCGUGCAUCCAAAGUCCACACUGUGAGUCCUGAUGUCAACGGAUUUAAAAAAAACCACAUGCAAAGAUAUUCAAAUGGGUUCAUUCAUCAGAAUGGGGAUAUUGAAGAAGAUGAGAGUGGCUGGGAAAUUCUGAGUCAUGCUGAAUAUCAAGGCUCAAGUUAUUCACCUGACGGUAGUGACCCAUCUAUCAAUAAGAUCUGGCACGGCAUUAAUGUUUCAGGGAGUGUAACAGAAUGGGAAGUUGAUGAAGGUCAUGAUACCCCAAAUACAGAAACCUGCAGUGAUGUCUAUUCUGUAUCAUCUAGGCAUUCAAAGAAGGUGGUCUCAUCCAUAGCUAGGCGUUGGAAAUCACGUCCAAGUAAUGGUGAAAACUGCAAGAUGUUUACUGUUGAAGGGAUGAAGGGAAGGAUUUUGAAUGGCAGACUUUCUAAUGGUGGGGUCAUUUCUCCAGACCGAGGGUCAGGUGGAGAUGGGCUCAGCCCCCGGAGUAUGGUGGGGCAUUGGACCUCACCUGACUCUGGCAAUCCACAUAUAACUAGAGGGAUAAAAGGAUGCAUUGAAUGGCCGCGGGGCAUGCAGAAGAACAGUUUGAAGGCAAAGCUUUUGGAGGCCAGGACAGAAAGCCAGAAAAUCCAAUUGCGCCAUGUUCUUAAGCAGAAGAUUUAGAUGUCCCGAGUGUCUGAAAUUAUGUAAAAUUGCAGUUCAGGCAUAGGCAACCAAUGCAAGUUGGCUAUUGACAAAACUAAAAGUGACAUUUACAGGGCUCAUCCUUCCACUGUUUAAGGUAUUGUCCUAUGC